UUCUCAUUGUUUUCAGAAGUUGAUUAAUUAGUUGAAAAAUAUAUUAAUUUUGUUUAUAAUAAAAUGGAAACUGAUAUUGUUAUUUUUAUUAAUUUAAAAAAUUAAUAAAAACAAUGCUGAUUUUGUUGAUUUCUUUGGUACUAAACGUUGCCAUUGAAACUGGAUGUCCAUCAAUGUGCGUGACUGGAGAAAUGAUCAACCGACGGACACUCGUCAAUAAUGUUAUUGAUGAUGAUACAACUAUAAAAUCAAUGAAUACUGAUCCAUCAUCAAUUAUAAAUAUGAAUUUUGGUACUAAAAAUUCAACAAUCAUAUUUGCACAGUCAGGAUCAACAGCGUUAUUACCAUGUGUUGCUUAUAAUAUUGGAGAAGGAACAGUCAGUUGGAUAAGACGAAAGAAUAUUCAACAUCAACUGUUGACAGUUGGUUUGACAACUUAUGCAAGUGAUGAGCGUUUUCAAGCGAAGCAUUUUCAUCACAGUGAAGAUUGGACCCUUCAAAUUAAGUAUGUUCAAUCACGUGAUGCUGGGAUGUAUGAGUGCCAAGUAUCAACCCAUCCACCCACAAGUAUAUUUCUGUUUCUCGAGGUCGUCGAGGCUAGAGCAGAGAUUGUUGGACCACCAGAAAAAUAUGUACGUCCAGGAAGUACAUUACAACUUCAUUGUAUGAUUAAAAAAUCAACUGAAACACCGUCCUAUUUAUUUUGGUAUCAUAAUUAUCGUAUGAUUAAUUAUGAUAUUGAUCAAGGUGUUAAUGUCAGCACUGAUCUUAUUGCACGGGAAAGUUGGCUUGAAGUACCAAAAGCAUCAACUCGUCAUAGUGGUAAUUAUACAUGUGAACCAAGUAAUGCAUCACCAGCUAGUACUGUUAUUUAUAUAUUUAAUGGUGAAAAUCCAGCAGCAAGACAUUCAUUCAAUCAUGCUACAAUUUAUUAUAAAAAAUCAAAAAUUUUUAUCAUUGUUAUAUUUAUUAUUUUACUUCAAAUUAUUCAACUGUAAAUAACAUAAAUAUUCUUGUAAAUUGUAUAUUCAAAAAAAUAAAAAAUAAAAAAUACCCUGUACAUUUAUGAUGAAUGAAAAUGAAUGAAUAAAUUAUUUAUGUUUGUUGAUUCCAUAAAAAAAAAAAAAAAAAAAACAAAG